AUAGAAAAAUUCACCGGUCAAGAGGCGGUUUCUCUGAAAGGCGACUGUAUAUCCAAAAACUAAUUUUAAUUUUUAAAGAUAUUUUAAGAAGACAUUAUGUCACGCCAAGCUUGUUUGAUAGUUCUUAGCUCAGCCAUUGAGGGUGUUAACAUACAAUCAUUUAUGCAAGCCUUUUCAUUGCUUAAUACAUCGUUUAACAUCGACUUGGCGUCACCGAACGGACGAUUAGGAGAAUUUAUAGGUUUUUCAGAAGAGGCUCAUAAAUGGUUGGCGGACUUUAAAACUAAACCCCAAGCCACUCCAAUUAUGUUGAAAAGCAUUUCUGUUGACAAAUACAGUGCCUUAGUAAUUCCAGACGCUCCUGGAGCUCACUUUGAUUUGGCUCAUGACGAACAUAUGGCGGAGAUUCUCCAUGAUUUUAUGCGAGAAAAGAAAUUGAUUUGCGCUAUCUCAAACGGCGUAUCUGGCUUAUUCCCCGCCAAGAAGAACAACACCUGGAUAUUUAACAGUUAUAGUAUGACAUGCACUCCUUUAGUCGAUUUAGUACGAGCGUCUUUAGUUCAAGAUACCCGAUUGACAAUGCCGCAAGAUUUUAUUGUAUUUAACGGUGGCUCUUACGCACCUUCGUCAAGUUCUUCUACUACUAAGGACAGUAGUAGAAAACUUCAUGUUGUUAUCGAUAAUAAUCUAAUUACAGCUGCCACCGUUCAAUCCACUUUGAUUGCUAUUCAAAAUGUCAUUUUAUUAUCAAAUCCGCAGUAA